GGACAUGUGAUCGUCCCAAAGAUUGUUGUAGUAUGUUGUACAUUGCACAACUUUGCCCUCCAGCAAGUACUGAACGUUCACCCUGAAGAUGACUUGGCACCAGAAAUGGAGGAGCUGGAGGAGUGCAAUACAGAGACUGAUGCAGACAUGCCUCCUGGAGCACGUGAGGAGGUCCAGGCUUCAGCUGCCACCAGGGAUCACCUGGUCUAUUGCGCGCCUGGCAGAUUGGGUGGCAAUUCAGAGCAUCUCGGCAUGGCCAGAGAAGAGAGCCGAAACCAAAAGGAUGGUGGAAUUUGUUGGCAAAGAGAUAGAACGACUGGGUGGAUCCGUGGAACUGGCUGAUAUUGGACAACAAACGCUGCCUGAUGGAACAAAGAUUCCUCUUCCUCCAAUCCUAUUGGCCACACUAGGCAAUGAUCCAAAAAAGAAGACUCUAUGUAUCUAUGGUCAUCUGGAUGUUCAACCUGCCCAAAUUGAGGAUGGAUGGGACACUGAGCCAUUCACAUUGGUAGAAAAAGAUGGAAAAUUAUAUGGGAGAGGUUCCACCGAUGACAAAGGACCAGUGCUGGCAUGGCUGAACUGUAUUGAAGCUCUUCAAAAACUAAAGGAGGAUAUCCCAGUUAAUAUCAAGUUCUGCUUUGAAGGAAUGGAGGAGUCUGGAUCAGAUGGUCUCGAUGACCUAGUGUAUGCUCGCAAAGACACCUUUUUCAAGGGUGUCGAUUUUGUCUGCAUUUCCGAUAAUUACUGGGUUGGCAAGAAGAAACCCUGUAUAACGUAUGGUCUCCGAGGCAGCUGCUACUUCUGUGUGGAGGUUGAAUGCUCCGAUAAGGAUCUGCACUCUGGAGUCUUUGGUGGUACAAUACAUGAAGCGAUGACAGACCUGAUAUAUUUACUGGGCAAGUUGGUGGACAGAAAGGGAAAAAUUCUCAUUCCUGGUGUUGAUGAAUCAGUGGCACCACUCACGGAGGAGGAAAAGACAUUGUAUGAUAAAAUAGACUUUGAUAUGGAAGAAUACUGUAAAGAUGUAGGUGCCUGUAAGCUGCUGCAUGACACUAAGCAACAAAUUCUGAUGCACAGAUGGAGAUACCCUUCUUUAUCUUUACAUGGAAUCCAGGGGGCUUUUGCUGGUUCAGGAUACAAAACAGUCAUUCCUAGGAAAGUUAUCGGGAAGUUUUCUAUUCGGUUGGUGCCAAACAUGGAUCCAGAGGUAGUUCAGAAGCAGGUAGUGGAUUACAUCACAAAAAUCUUUGCUGAACAUGGGAGUCCCAACACAUUGAAGGUAUACAUGAGUUUUAGUUCAAAGGCCUGGCUAGCAGACUAUAACCAUCCUCAUUACAGAGCUGGCAGGAAUGCAAUGAAAACAGUAUUUGGAGUUGAGCCAGAUAUGACCAGAGAAGGUGCAACAAUUCCAGUUACCUUGACAUUCCAGGAAGCUACAGGAAAAAGUGUUAUGUUACUGCCGAUUGGAGCUGCAGAUGAUGGCGCUCAUUCACAGAAUGAGAAAAUCAACCGGACCAACUAUAUUCAGGGAAUCAAGGUGCUUGGUGCCUACUUCCAUGAAAUAUCUUCUUUGAAGUGAAAAAUUGCACUGGAAUGAUAAAAUUGCUGAAGUGAUUUCUAAAACUGUACAUCCUACUGAAUUCCUUUAAUUA